CAUUUCGCCUUCUUAAUGUGCAUAAGUGUAUGAAGGGACGGUGCCAAGAGAAUGGAUUCAGGCUCUGCUCGGUGGUGCCCAGCAAUAAGACGAGAGGCAAUGGGCAGACACUGAUGCACAAGAAGUUCCACCUGAGCAUGAGGAAGAACUUCUUAACUGUGCAGGCUGAAUAUUUAUCAGAAAUCGCUAACACAGGUGGUCCUGUAGAUGCCAAGGAAGAACUCUUGGAUGAAUGUGAGGAUAUUUGGAAACAGAUGGAAGAGUGUCAGAGCAAGCUAAUGCUUCUAGGAACAGAAACACUGCUACCAUCAGAUGCCAAGCUUUACUUGUUAAUGCUGCAAUGGAAAGCUUUAACAGUAGAUUUUCAUCAGUGGCAAGCAAGAAAUCCUGAAUUAAUUUCUACCAACCCAGAUGUACUGUUAGAAUUAGGAAAAGAAGAGUUGCAGAAAGUAAAAAAUGAUCUUGAAAUGGUGCUGUCAACAGUUCAGUCAAAGAAUAAACAAUUGGAAGAAGAUCUGAAAAGAGAACAGCAGUGGUAUGAGGAACAGAAACAGAUGCUAGAGACUCUUAAUAAAAUCGAAGAAGAGGAAAAUACCCAAGUUGAACAUCCUUCCACAAAAAGUUUGAAAAUUAGAGAACUCAAUGAACUGAAAAAUAAAGUAUUGAAAUUAAAGACCUAUAAGGAAGAACUCUUGAGUGCCUUGGGUGGAUUCCUGGAUGAACAUUUUCCCCUUCCAGAGAUAGGUGAAAAUAUUAAAAAAAAGCCAAAUAUCAAGAUAAAGGCAGAUAGAUGUUAUUGGGUCAUAGCUCCAGGAUUUGCAGAGUUUCCAUGGAGCAGGCUCUCCGUGGAAACUGAAACUUCAGACUCUCUGCAGAACUCUUCAGCAGAGCCAGUUGUAGAACUGAAAACAUUGCAAGAAAUUUUAGAGAUGCUGAUAAACACAUUAAUUGCUACACCACAUGAACCUUACAUAACAAUCAAUGAGUCAUUUUGGCCACCUUAUAUUGAGCUGCUGCUGCGACAUGGAAUGGCCCUGAGACAUCCAGAAGAUCCAAACAGAAUGCGCCUCCAAGCUUUUCACAAGUAGUAUGACCUACACAUGCACUUGAAAACAAAACAACACCAGUACUCUUAAUUCAGGGCUAGGACAUACUUAGGUUUCCUACUAAGCUUUUUUAGUAUCAAGCAUCACUUCUUGUUAGGUGAUUUUUUUUUCUUUUAAAUUAAAUUGGAUAUUUAAGGGCAUAAAAUGUGGAAAAAAGAAAAAAAAAUUAUCUAUUUUAACUGCUUACAGUUGGCCUUCAUUUUUGCAUUAUUUUGCAUUAUUUUUGCAUUAUUUUGGCAUUCAGAUUUGCAUUAUGGAAGGUUUUUUCAGUGCUUCUGUAAGAUGCCAAUUCAUGUCAUAGACAAAUAUGUUUAACAGUCCUUUUUACUUUAAAAUCAUACUUUAUGCAUUACUUCUAAGGUUUAGAUUUCUUAGAUUGCCUGAAGUUGUCUCUAUUUCCUUUAGUAUUUUCUUGUAUUCUGUGGAGGCAAAAUUCAGAAUAACACCACUUCUCCUGUACAUGGCCUUGCAAACAUUUGGAACUAGCAGAGAGAUAUCCUCUCAAGAAUGUUUAUGCCUUGCUUGUUUCUCAGAGCCCUUGCAAACAAUUUUACUGGCUCCAAGAUAAACACGUAGGAAAGCUGACACAUCUUUCUGUGCAACAUGCAGCGGAUGUUGAGUCUGCACCUUUCACUGCACGCAUUCCAAAUGGCCCUCUUUGUGUUAUGGUAUAUUGCCUUACAGCACCUGUCUUCACCUUUUCAGACCUAGUUUAUCAAGGCUUUUAAUGGAUCUCCGUUCUGUUGAUCUCCACAGCUUCUAAGUUAUGCCAGUUGAGAGUUACCUUCUGACUCAAUUCUGGCAUUCUUUGCAAUCUCAGUCUUUUAGGUAGCCAUUUUUAUUGUAUUGUAUUGAGUACAAAAAUUCUGCUCUUAUCUGUAGUGACUAAAUUAUCCUUUAUUAAACAGAUUUUAGUUUGUUGAGGGAGGGAGGAACUUGGGUGAUUUUUCAGUUGAUGGAAAUAUAGAGUUGUAUACAAUCAUAGAAUGUUUUUAUGUGAUGGUUUUUAGAAUGUGUUUCUGUGUUUUGGUGUGAUGACUUGUAAACAUGAUGUAAGGAUGUAUGGGAGAGGUAAGGGGGACCAAUCUAAUAUAAGUUCCAGUAUCAUUUGCCCUUUUUAUACCAAUUAAAUGUUAAGCAAAAUAAUCUUUCAUCUUGUAUAGUUUUGAGUGAAGGCUGUUCAUUUUACCCUCACAACUGGUGAUUAAGCUUGGGUGUAGGAUGUGGGUUGUGCUGUUGUGCAUGAGCAUUGACUUCUUUUUGGUUCAUAUUGCUUGUGUAACUGCCCUCCUGUUGUGGUUUAACCUCUUUUAUGAGCUCUAGAGUCUGACUAAUCUAUACACAUUUACCUUACAGUAUUUUUAAUUAAGAAUUUGAAUAACUACAUUUUUUGGCUUAGAUUUAUAGCAUUGUCUCUUUAGGGUUUUUCCUUCAUUUGUGUUUAAAUGCUUUGUAUUCUGCUAUCCUUUCACCUUAUUUAUUAAUACUUCUGAAAUACUUCAUUGACACUGGAUGACUGCUUCUGUCGUGACGUUAAUAAAUAGAAGAAAAAAUGUUAAACACA